AUCUCACAUGACCAAUGUAUGAACUGAGAUUUUUAUACGAUUGUGAUCACGAAUCAAAACAGAUUGGCGGAUACUGUAGUGGCUGCAGUCAGAGUUGGCGGUCAAGAGGCACCGGUCUCUCUCAUCUGCUCGAUACAAUUUUCAUUCGCUGGUACUUCCCUUUAGUGCAUCGAGGAAUAAUCGCGGUGCGAGGAAACCGCUCUAGAGAGAUAUCAAUUGCCAUUGUCGCCGGUGCGUUCUUGUUUGUGGAAUUCAAUUGCUGAGCGUUUCGUCAUGAUCAAAAUUCCCGCAGCAUUCUUGAAACAGUUGUGGCUGACCUUCGGCGCAUCGCUGGCUUUUCUCAUCAUCGGUCUGGUCAGAGGAUACUCAGCAUCCGCUAUUCCAUCUAUAGAAAGUUUAGAUUCUAAUCUAAUACAGAACAGCGAGGAGAAAUCAUGGAUUGGCGCAAUCCCACCUCUUGGCGCAUUCGUAGGAAGCAUGUGUUCCGGGCCGCUAAUGCAGAGGGCGGGCAGAAAACGCACACUACAGUUGACAGCACCCCUCUGGGCGGCCAGUUGGAUCAUUCUAGGUUUCGCAGCCAACUUCUCACUCAUCCUGCUGGGUCGAAUAGUGUCUGGCCUUUGUGUAGGCUUCGUUUUGGCCCCUGCGCAAGUAUAUGUCAGCGAGUGCUGUGACCCCGAGAUCCGUGGGCGCCUUGGUUCGUUGCCCACCCUGUCCAUGUCCCUGGGCAUCCUCAUCUCUUACACAGCGGGCAGCUGGCUCUACUGGAGAUACCUGGCCUUCCUUUCUGCUGUAUUUUGUGUGGCUUUGUUUGUGGUACUCCUUCCGCUGCCCGAGUCCCCUGUAUGGCUGCACGCGAAAGGGCUCGACAAUACGUCAGCAAUCAAGUGGCUCCACCUCUCACAGCAUGCUAUAGCAACAGUUAAAGAUGAAGAAAUUAACGAAAAAGUAGAAGAGCCGAAAAGCCUUUUUACUCGUGAAGUUUUCUUCUCCUCAGCGGUCAUGAAACCCCUGACGGUCGGGUUCGCGCUGCUCUUCUUCCAGCAAUUCAGCGGCAUUGAUGCUGUCAUAUUCUUCACUGUGGAGAUCUUCCAAAGCGCUGGAAGCAAGCUAAACGCGAUGACGGCAACGAUCACGGUGGGUGCGGUGCAGCUGUUCAGCAACGGCGUGAGCACCAUGCUGGUGGACCGCGCGGGGCGGCGGCCCUUGCUGCUGCUCUCUGCGGUCACCAUGUGUGUCUCCAUGGUGGGGAUGGGUGCGGCGUUUUACUUUGAGUUUGAACACUCUUCGUAUCUUGGAUACUUGCCCAUCGCGAGCUUGGUGGUGUUCAUGUUGGGCUUCUCGCUGGGCUUCGGCGGGCUGCCGUUCCUGCUGCUCGGAGAGCUGUUCCCCACGCACUACCGCUCGCAGCUCUCCGCCAUGGGCAGUGCUGUCAAUUUACUGUCUAUGUUCACUGUCAUCAAAUCCUACCAUGCUUUAGAGCACGUAUUGACGUCUGCUGGAACCUUCUGGAUGUACUCCUGCUUCUGCGCAGUGGCCUUCUUCUUUGUGCUCUUCAUGGUCCCCGAGACGAAGGGCAAAUCUCUCGCCGAGAUUGAAGAACAUUUCAGGGGAAAAAAGGAAAAGGACAACGUGAACUUACAAACGAUAAAGACUAAAUUUUAAUCUUGGUAUAGCCGUUUAUACCUGUACCUAUUUGUAGAGGUAUAAAUUAUAGUUAAAA